AUGUCCAGAUCACAGCAUUUGACACAGGAUCAUAGGCUUCCUCUUCGAAUAGCCAUUGACUUGCUUAUCGCAAGAGUCGAUCAACUUUCAGAAUUCAUUUGCCAAAGUGGCCUGCAGCCUCCCUGUAGCCCGAAAGACAAGGACCUGGCAUUAAAGGAGAUUUUAAAUGCCCUUGGGCCGACCAAACCGAUUUCUGGGCUCGAUCAGGCGCCCUCUUGCGAGCCAGAAAUAUCACCUCUUCAGCGAAUUGAUCCUAAUCUGGAAUGUGAAAAAUCGCAAAAUUCUAUGGGGCCUCCUCUUAUUCCUGCAGCUCUCGCGCUUCCAAAGAUCUCAACUGCGACUUCACCUAACAAGGCUUUGCUUCCGACAGCUUCUCAGACUUCCCCCUUGCCAGGACCCCCGGAGCAGGGAAAAUUAACCCCUUCAGCAGAUACCCCGGAUAGUAUCCUCAGUAUCUGGGAUAUGGACCUCGCUUAUGGUGGCUCAGUAAUUUCCGCGCCCAUUGACUUGCAGCAACUUAUUGAUUCCACUUCUGAACGCGACGCCUUGGGUCUCGACUUGGACGGGAUGGCCCAACCUGCCAAUACUGCAGCGACUGUCGCUACUCCGACCGCAAGCGAUGAUGGGUCGACCUUGAUUGAUGAAGCCAAUACCACUGCUGAUAUCGAAGGUCUCAUCGACGACCUUUCUGAUCGAGUUGGCACGCUACGGAUCGGUCGAGGGGGCAAAACUCACUUUUUCGGCCCAACUUCUACAUUCAACCUACGCGAUAUGCCGCAUUCGGAGACAUUUGACUCUCAUCGUAGAAUCAAUGGUUAUGAUUCUAACAGUGCUGAUCGAGUCGAUGCUGACAGGGAAGUACCCCCCGCGCUUGAGGAACAUUUGAUCAAUUUGUACUUCAGUUGGCAGGACCCGUCGUUUCAUGUUGUUGAUCGGAAAUUGUAUGAAGAUGCAAAAGAGAAAUGGUUCGCUAUGGAGGAUACUUCUUUAUACUCCGAAGCUUUGCGGAAUGCGAUGUGUGCGAUCGGCUGCGCAUUUGAAACAAGAUUCCAUCCGAGUUUUGUUACUUUUCCGAAGACUUUGGUCGACUUUUUCGGAGAUCGCGCGCGGUCAUUGCUUGAGGCUGAGUUGGACUUCCCGAGUGUGGCGACUGUUCAGGCGAUGGUUAUUCUCAGUAGUCAUGAGAUUGGGAAUGGUAUGGAUUCUCGAGGGUGGCUUUAUAGUGGAAUGGCAAUCCGGCUUGCUUUUGAUCUCGCUUUGCACAUUGACAUGUCCUCGCACGUUUUGAAAGGGGUUAUUUCUGCUGCAGAUGCGGAUCUCCGUCGAACCGUCUUCUGGGCUGCAUAUAUCGUUGACCAUCAAUUGGGCUUCCAUCUUGGCAGGCCUUUCCGCACGAACAUGGACGAUGUUACAGUUGGCAAGCCUUCUCAAGACUGUUGCAACCAGUCUCAGGGGUGGAUACCCUACGAGAAUCCAGCAUCCGUAAUUCAGCGAUCUGAUGGUCAUGAUUGCACAGGGCUUGUUAGUCAACAACUCGUUUCUCUCUGUGAAAUCAUGGCGCCGUGUGGAUACAUUGAUAAGGCCGCGAUGCAAGAGUUCAAUGAAAGAAUUGUGGCGGAACUCUGCAAAUGGAAAGGCAAUCUGCCACAAAUUUUACGAAUCGACCUAAACGACCAUGUAUCUCCUUACCCUCCUCAUGUUUUACUACUACACAUGCAAUAUCAUCAAAAUAUCAUUUACGCCCACCGACCCUGGAUGUCCAAGAGUUAUCUCCAACCACAACCACCUAAGGGACCCGGCUAUCUCCAUGCACGACAAAUGUGCAUCCAAUCCGCCAUCGCAAUCGCCAAUAUUCUUCUUCUUUACGAAACUAGAUACACUCUACGACGCAUCAACGUUAAAGCAGUCUCAAUAACAUCCUCCGCCGUCCUCCUCCUUCUCUUUGCCGCAGUUUCCAAUUAUGCCUCGCAUUCCAAGGCGCAGAUAGUCGCCCAUCUGGGUACAUGUUUCCGAGCUCUCGACGAAUUCUCGCUCUCUUGGAUGAAUGCAAGACGUGCGAAGGAUUUACUGGUCACGCUACAGCAUCAGUGGGAACUUCGGACGCAUUCGGGGAAAAUGUAUCGACGGGCUGACGGUAUUACAUGGCCGUCGAAUAAACGUCCCCGAACAUCUGCCCGAAAUCCGAUUUCCGCGUAUAUCCCGCCGGAAAGAUCAGCCGGUGCUAAUAGUAAUAUUGGUGCAGCUUUGGGGGCCGACUCAGAGUUAGACUGGAUGUUAAUGACUGAUGGUGACCUCUUGUCGGAAACCUGUGAUAGAGAUAUUUUUGGGUGGGAUCCAACUUCUGCGAUGUUUGAUAGAGAGAGUUGA